GAUCUAUACGCAAAGAGAAAGAUGGCAGAAGUCGCUCCAGCUCCCGCUCCAGUCGCCGCCAAGGUUAAAGCGGCCAAGAAGAAGGUCGUGAAACUGAAGACCGCCGGCCCCAGCGUCAGUGAGCUCAUCCUGAAGGCCGUGUCCGCGUCCAAGGAGCGCAGUGGCGCGUCAGUGUCCGCCCUCAAGAAGGCUCUGGCUGCCGGAGGCUACGAUGUGGAGAAAAACAAUUCCCGCGUCAACACCACCAUCAAGAAGCUGGUGGUCACCGGGACCCUGGUCCAGACCAAGGGAACCGGGGCCACCGGCUCGUUCAAGAUGAGCAAGAAGGUGGAGACCAAGGUCCAGAAGCCGGUGAAGAAACCCGCAGUGGCUAAAAAGCCCAAGUCGGCGGCAGCCAAGAAUCCAGCAGCCGCUAAAAAGUCCCCGAAGAAGGUGACGAAACCAGCAGCGGCCAAGACGCCCACGAAGAGCCCCAAGAAGGUGGCGAAGAGCCCCAAGAAAGUGGCGAAGAGCCCCAAUAAGGUGGUGAAAAAGACCCCUGCUGCCAAGAAAGCACCCGCGAAGAAGGUCGCCAAACCCAAAGCGAAGAAGACAGCAGCCAAGAAGAAGUGAGCUGUCCUCACUGUGAAACAUGUGCAUCCUGGUAAAAGGCUCUUUUAAGAGCCACACACGUCUAUCCACAAAGAGCUGUUUCCUCAUCAAUCAUCACCACUGUCAAUACAUAUGUAGAGACAGAGUUCAUAACUAAAGCGAGUCAAGUUAGACAGGAAUAUAUUAAAUGUCUUUCUUACAAUGUUAAGAUUUAGAAGUUGGUUCACAUUAAAUAAUAUAACAAAUAGCUUUAGACUCUGUGUGAAGGAGAGGCAGACUACUACUGACACACACACAUACAUCAUGUAAAAUUAUGUUAAGCGAUAUCCGUUCGAAUUCAUAUACCAUACUUAUUAAAUAUUGUACCUUUGUUGUUAUAUUUAU